AUGAAAUAUAUUUUUUUCUUUUUUAUGGUUGUUUUAUAUUUUUUUUGUGUAAAUAAUAUAACUAGUUUAAAAUAUACAAAAACAAACCUGUUAUUUAUUUACAAUAACUUAGAUCUUUUUAAUAAUAAAAUAUUAAAUAGUUCAUUAAAUGUAUUAAAAAAUAAAACAAAUAUAAAAAAUAGAAGGAAAACAAGAUUUAAAAUCUUAUCAUCAUCAGAAAAGGAUGGAGAAAUAUAUUAUGAAUUAAACCAUGAAAAUGUAGAAAAAGUUUUAAAUUUAAUAAGACCUAAACUACAAAUAGAUAAUGGUGAUGUUGAAUUAGUAGAAAUAAAAAACAAUAAUUUAUAUAUUAGACUACUAGGAAAUUGUGUUACUUGCAGUUCUAAUAGUAUCACUGUUUCACAUGUUAUUAAAAAAACCUUAAAAAAGUAUAUUAGGAAUGAAAAAAAAGAAGAACCAAAUGUGAUAAUAACUAAUUUUGACGAAAUUAAUAAAGAAAAUAUCCAAAAUUGUUUAGAUCAAUUAAAGCCUUAUUUCGAUUUCUUAAAAGUAGAAGUAAUAAUUAAAGAUAUAAUAAUUAAUAAAGAAAAUAUUAAUAAUUCCGUUUCUUUGAAAUUUCAAAAUAUUGAUGAAAACGAAGAAAUGAAAAUACCAUUUAAUAUAAAAAAUGAAAUAACAGAAAGACUAAAGCAGAAAUUUCCUACUUUAACUGUUAAUUUUGAAAAUUGA